AUGAACGAAGAGGGCGGAUAUCUUGGAGCAAUGACUUAUCAGUGCUUGUACAAUCCAGUUAUGGAGAAAAUCAAACAGAAGCACCGAGACGAUCCAAGAGCUUCUCUUGCACUCAACAAACUGCAUACUGCAUUGACCACCUGUGAGCAAGCGUCUCCAUCGUUCCUCUACGACUUCACAAAAGUUCUUCUGGAUGACUCGGAGUUGAAUUUAAAUCUACAUUGA